AUGGGUCCUCAACCACUUCCUCAGCUUCACUUUGUUCUAAUCCCUUUAAUGGGUCAAGGCCACCUCAUUCCCAUGGCAGACAUAGCAAAACUCCUAGCCCAGCGUGGUGUAAUUGUUACCGUAAUCACCACCCCUCUCAACACCCUCCGAAUCCAACCAAUCAGUGACCCCUCCAUUGAGGCUGGCCUCCCCGAAGGAACCGAAACUCUUGACACUGUCCCCUCACUCCACUCCUUCAAAAACUUCUACGUCGCCAUUUCAAUGCUGCAGCAGCCUCUAGUGCAAAUAUUUGAACAAUUUAAUCCCCGCCCGAGCUGCGUGAUCUCCGACAAGUACCUUGUUUUCACUGCCGACAUUGCUCGUAAAUUCGGAAUCCCCAGGAUUGUUUUUGAUGGUACAAGUUGUUGGCGUAGCGAGGGUUGUUACAACGGGUUUGAAGAGAGGACCAAAGAUAGAGGCCUUUUGAUCCGUGGUUGGGCUCCCCAAGUCCUGAUAUUGUCACACCGCGCCAUUGGAGGGUUCUUGACACACUGCGGGUGGAAUUCGACACUCGAAGGGGUUUGUGCUGGCUUACCAAUGGUGACAUGGCCUAUUUUUGCUGAGCAGUUCUUUAAUGAGAAGUUGAUUGUGCAGGUUUUGGGGAUUGGUGUGGGUGUUGGGGCUAAGGUGGUUGUGCACUUGUGUAAAGAAGAGAAAUUUGGGAUGUUGGUGAAGAGGGAGAAUAUGAAGAAGGCUGUGGAGGAGGUGAUGGACGAAUGGAGAGAAGGAGAAGAGAGGAGGAAGAAAGCAAGGCAGCUUCAGGGGAAGGCAAAGAAGGCAAUGGAAAGUGGAGGAUCUUCUUACAGCAACCUCACAUUGCUUGUUGAAGAUAUCAUGCAACUAGCAGAAGAAAAUCAAGCUAAGGCAUGA